AUGCCCAAAUUCUUCCACUGGAUUCGUGGAAGACUGUUUCUGCUCCUGGAUCAUCUGAUCCAGGUACAAGAGCUAUACAGAGGUGGUCAUUCAUCAGCAAUCUCUAGCAUGGUUGCACUGAACGCGUCGCAAUUAGUGUUGCGUAUUUCUGAAGAUGAAAAGUUACAGAAAAUAUACAGAGAUAUGUACACUAAGGAGGUUUAGAAAAAUGGAAUAUGAAUCAGAGAAAGUGACUAAGAGGAAAAAAUUGUCACAACAAAAUGAUGUUUCAUUCAAUCCUUUCGUCGGUUUCAUCCCUUUACUCUUUUGUCCUGGUGGAUAGUGAAGCUUUAGAAGAUUUGCAAGAGUCAGCAUCAUUUCUGAAAUUUUUCGGAACAGUUCUUUGA